AUGAUCGAAAACUUAUGUUCGCUUAUUCUCUGAGAAGUACGUGCAGCGAACAUACGAAAGUCUCGUCAGGAACUUACGCUCGUUUUGUCCGGCUUCGUCAACAAAGAGAUAAAAAAACGUGGAUUUUUAUGCGAGAUGAUACCGACUAGCACUAUCAGUCGACCGGUCGAAAUCGGCCUCCGUCUUACUGGAAUAUGGCCGAAUUCCUCGAUUUUCUUCAGAUUGCUUUGGACAUUGGUGAUGGGAAUAGGACUGAUCUUCCAGUAUCAUUAUCUUCUGAUACACUUUAGUAUCAAGGAACUGCCGAAUUUGAUAGAUGGUUUAAGCACUACUUUGCCGUACAAUCUUCUUUUCUUCAAGCUGGUUGUCCUGUGGGUUAAUAACCGAUUAUUCAUUGAUAUUCUAACGGCGAUGUCCAACGACUGGAGCGAGUAUUCUAACAUGUACGCUAUGAUCGACAAGGCGGUCCUUGCGCAUCGCUGCUCAAAAGUGACCAUCGGUGUUUACUCUACAGCGGUGUUGCUUUACAGUACCGCGUCUAUUAACUUUCGCAAACAGACCAACGGUAGUUGUCGAGAAUUGUUGAUAAAAAUGGAGUUGCCGUUCGAAUUUUGCAAUUCCCCAAUCUACGAGAUCGUGGAGUGCGUGCAAUUCGUUCACUUAAUGGCAGUUGCCUCCGCCAUAGGUAUGCUGGACGCAUUUAUGGUUACUUUGAUGCUACACAUUGGUGGGCAGAUAGAUCUUAUGCAACAGAAAGUGGAAGAGAUUUGCCCUAAGAAUAAUAAAUAUAAUUUACCCACUACUAUAUUCAGAUGUUUGAUUAAUAAACAUCAUAAAAUUAUCGCUUUCUCGGAGAAUAUUGAGGAUCUUUUUUCUCACAUUGCCUUAUUGCAAUUUUUCUCGAAUACUUUGAUCAUAUGUUGCAUCGGAUUCCUCAUAGUAACUUCGAUGGGCACAGAUGAAGGAGUCAGGAUGGUAGUGAAGACCAUGUUUUUUUACAUCGCUAUCACUUUAGAGGCAUUUAUCUUCUGUUUUGCUGGUGAAUAUCUGAGUAAUAAGAGCAGAACGAUCGGCGAUGCCGUAUAUGAAUCUGUUUGGUAUACUCUCAAGCCUCGGGAUUGCCGCAUUCUACUACUUAUUAUAAUGAGAUCACAAAGACGUCUGACGAUUACUGCGGGGAAGUUUAUGGAUUUAUCAUUGGAAGGAUUUACAAAUUUAAAUAAUUUUAAACAUGACAAUAGUUUAAGGAUAUGUAUACAGUUAACAAUAUUACGACGCGGUAGCAUGACGACUACAAGCACUGUUGCUCUCGUGGUGCAAAUCGGUCUUCGAGGAAUUGGAUUUUGGCCUAAUACGCCGUGCGCCCUGUUGUUUCGGUGUCUUUGGAUAUUGACCAUCAGCAUAGUGCAGACUCUCCAAUAUUGGUGGAUCGUUAUUCAUUUUAGGACUGAUGAUAUGUCGCACUUGAUGGAUGGUUUAAGUGUCACCAUAGAGUACAGCGUGAUGUCCCUGAAACUGAUUAUUUUAUGGUUCAACAGUCGUAUAUUUUACGACGUCCUAGCUGCGAUGGCUACAGAUUGGAGGGAAGCCACCAGCAGUGAAAUGCACAUCAUGAUGAGCAAGGCAAAUCUAUCGAGACGCUUUUCCAAUGUUAUCGUCGCGCUGCAUGCGGCAUCGUUUGUUUGCUUCGGCAUUGAGGUGCUUGCAUCCUAUACUGAUGAUUACGAUGAUAAUGAAAUUGAGACGCCUGUUCGCGUGUUCACACUGAAGCUACAACUUCCGUCGCAGUGCAACGAGUCGCCGCUGUACGAGCUUGUCACAGUACUGGAGUUCUUUCAUCAAUUGGCAUCUUCCACUACGACCGGCGUACUUAACUGUCUGCUCAUCACGUUAAUUCUUCAUACGAGCGGUCAGAUAGAGAUUUUAUGUGAUAUAUUAAAGAAUAUCUCUUCCGAAAUGACCAAUCAACAAUUAGCUUUCAGUAUGAAGGAAGUGAUUGGCAAGCAUCAGAAGAUCAUCACGUUUUCAGAUAAAAUUGAAAAAAUCUUUUCUUAUAUAGCGCUAAUUCAAGUCAUGUCGAGCACAUUGCUAACCUGCUGCAUAGGAUUCACGGUUAUAACGUCGAUCGACACGCAAGAUUCGGAUACGAUUGAUGGCACGGCACUAAUGAAAGCUGUAGUGUUUUACAUAGCUGCUGCGGUGGAGGCAUUUAUUUUUUGUUCUUGCGGAGAAUACCUUACUGCCAAGAGCAAAAUGAUCGGCGAUGCAGCGUACAAAUCAGUUUGGUACGAUUUUGCACCCAAGGAGAGUAAGCUCGUCCUGCUUAUAAUAUUGAGAUCACAAAGAAGACUUACCAUUACUGCUGGAAAUAUGAUGGACCUGUCGCUAGAGGGAUUCACGAAUAUGUCACGACGCGAUAACAUGAUUACAAGCACUGUUGCUCUUUCGGUACAAAUCGGUCUUCGAAGUAUUGGGUUUUGGCCUAAUACGCCUUGUGCCUUGUUGUUUCGAUGCUUUUGGAUAUUGACCAUCGGUAUAGUGCAGACUUUUCAAUAUUGGUGGAUCAUUAUUCACUUAAGAACCGACGAUAUGUCGUACUUGAUGGAUGGUUUAAGUGUCACUAUAGAGUACAGUGUGAUGUCUCUAAAACUGAUUAUUUUGUGGUUCAAUAGUCGUAUAUUUUACGACGUCCUAGCUGCGAUGGCUGCAGAUUGGAGGGAAGCCACCAGCAGCGAAAUGCAUAUCAUGAUGAGCAAGGCAAAUCUAUCGCGGCGCUUUUCCAAUGUUAUCAUCGGGCUUCAUUCGGUAGCGGUGAUAUGCUUCGGCAUUGAGGUGCUCGCAUCCCAUACCAACGAUUACGAUCAUGGAAUUGAGACGCCUGUUCGCGCGUUCACAUUGAAGCUACAGCUCCCGUUACAAUGCAACGAGUCGCCGCUGUACGAGCUCGUUAUGAGUCUGGAGUUCUUUCAUCAAUUGGCAUCUUCCACUGCGACCGGCGUACUUAACAGUCUACUCAUCACGUUGUCCAUCAACAUGCAAGAUUCGGAUACGGUCGAUGGCACGGCACUAAUGAAAGCUGUAGUGUUUUACAUGGCUGCUGCCGUGGAGGCGUUUACUUUCUGCUUUUGCGGAGAAUACCUCACUGCCAAGAGCAAAAUGAUCGGCGAUGCAGCGUACAAAUCAGUUUGGUAUGACUUUGCACCCAAGGAGAGUAAGCUCGUCCUGCUUAUAAUAUUGAGGUCACAAAGAAGACUUACCAUUACGGCUGGAAAUAUGAUGGACUUGUCGCUAGAGGGAUUCACGAGUAUUUUAAAGGCCUCUGUUUCGUAUGUGUCAGUAUUGCACGCGAUGUAUUGAAGUUCGAAGGCGAGCAUUCUAGUACCUAGAUGGUCAUUACAUGUUGUUAAAGAUAUUAGGAGAUUUUCUUAAUAGUUCUUUCU